ACUCAAUUUGCAGUUCAAGCAAUGAUAAAGCAGUUCGAUUUGACUGCCAUCUUGCUGGUAAAGCGGUGCCUCCUUCUUUCUGUUUGACCACGUUCUGUGCGAGACGUAUAUGAUACAAAAUGAGCCUAAAUAUCUCAAAAAAACGCAAGUUCGUUGCCGAUGGCAUGUUCAAGGCUGAAUUGAACGAGUUCCUGACUCGUGAGCUCGCUGAAGAUGGUUACUCUGGUGUGGAGGUACGCGUUACUCCUGCUCGCACUGAAAUUAUCAUCAUGGCCACCAAAACACAACAAGUGUUGGGUGAGAAGGGUCGUCGCAUUCGUGAGCUGACCGCUAUGGUGCAAAAGCGUUUCAAUUUCGAGCCUGGUCGCAUCGAAUUGUACGCUGAGAAAGUGGCCACUCGUGGUUUGUGCGCUAUUGCACAAGCUGAAUCUUUGCGUUACAAAUUGACUGGAGGUUUGGCGGUACGUCGUGCUUGCUAUGGUGUAUUGCGUUUCAUCAUGGAAUCGGGGGCCAAGGGCUGUGAAGUCGUUGUUUCCGGCAAAUUGCGUGGUCAACGUGCCAAAUCUAUGAAAUUCGUCGAUGGACUCAUGAUUCACUCUGGUGACCCAUGCAAUGAUUACGUUGAAACAGCUACCCGUCAUGUAUUGCUCCGUCAAGGUGUUUUGGGUAUUAAGGUGAAAAUUAUGUUGCCUUACGAUCCUAAGAACAAGAUUGGCCCCAAGAAGCCGUUGCCCGAUAACGUGUCGGUUGUGGAGCCAAAGGAAGAAAAAAUCUACGAGACUCCUGAGACAGAAUACAAAAUUCCACCACCCAAGCCAUUGGAUGAAUUGGCGGAGGUACCAAAAGUGUUGUAAAAUUUUUAAUAAAAAAAAAAUUUGCUUUUAUAAAU